AUGAUUUCAGCUUUGUUUACGGUAAUGUGUUACAAUGUCCUGUGUGAUAAAUACUGUACUCGUCAACAAUAUGGAUACUGUCCCAGCUGGGCAUUGAACUGGGAAUAUCGUAAAAAGGCCAUCAUUGAAGAAAUUAAGACUUAUUCUGCUGAUAUCAUCAGUUUACAAGAAGUUGAGACAGAACAAUUCCAUAAUUUUUUCCUCCCAGAGCUGAUAGCAGAGGGGUAUGAUGGUAUAUUUCAGCCCAAAUCUCGAGCUAAAACUAUGACUGAACAAGAAAGAAAACAUGUAGAUGGCUGUGCCAUAUUUUAUAAAACAAACAAGUUUAUUUUGAUUAAAGAACAACUGAUAGAAUUCAAUCAGAUUGCUAUGGCUAAUGCUGAAGGUUCAGCAGAUAUGUUGAAUCGGGUCAUGACAAAAGACAAUAUUGGUUUGACAGCUCUUCUAGAAACUAAGGAAGGUGUAUGGGAACAUGGGUUACCACCAGAGAAUCAAAUGAGACAACAGAUUAUGGUAGCGACUGCUCACAUUCAUUGGGAUCCUGAAUACUCUGAUGUCAAGCUUAUUCAAACUAUGAUGCUUAUGUGGGAGUUAAGAAAUAUCAUCGAAGAUACUCUUCAACAGUUCCGACCCAAUUCCCCGUCUGCUAAAGAUGUUAAUGCCAUGCCAUUGUUGAUGUGUGGUGACCUCAAUUCAUUACCAGACUCAGGUGUUGUUGAAUAUUUGACCAAUGCUAAAGUUUCCGCUACUCAUAUUGAUUUCCGACAAUUAGUCUAUGAGUCUUCACUGAAGAAGUUGAACCCUAAUUUAGCGGAUAAAGAAUCUCUAACUCACAACUUCCGUCUUGGACGUGCCUACAAUAAUAGUGAGAUUAUGCCCAAUACAAACUAUACGUAUGAUUUUAAAGGUAUUAUUGACUACAUCUUCUACUCUCGUGAUCACAUGAAAUUACUUGGCAUGCUGGGAGCUGUAGAUGAUGAAUGGUUUAGAGAAAACAAGAUUAUUGGUUGCCCUCAUCCACACAUACCUUCAGAUCAUUUCUCAUUGUUUGUAGAAUUUGAGAUGCCAUUACCAAAAAUGAUCAACUCCUCAAGGCCGUCAGGACCUCUUAACACACCGAAUAAAAGAUAG